AUGGCAUUCCUUUUUCUCACAAUUUUAUUCGAUGUCAAGACACAUCGGGCGGUGGGCAAGCACGUUACAAGUCUCCGUCCACUUCUCAAUGUCUUUUACAUCUCUGGCGCUCUCAUUCUCCUUCGCUCUAUCUACCGUACAAUUGAGUUCAUAACGAUCGAUUUCGGAUCAUUCCCUCUCAAGGGUUACUUUUACAACGCUGAAUGGAGCUACUAUGUUCUUGAUGCCAUUCCAAUCGCGAUUGCGAUGCUAGCGUACAAUGUAUGGUACCCUGCUAGGUACCUCUCACGAAGUAAAAAGGAGCGACUCGCAAUCAAGGAGGGUGGCACUAAUACGACAUCCAACACUCGCUCGUCCUCGAACUACGUGAAGUUUAGAUGCACGACGAGUGAUAUCUAUGUUUCUCUAUGUCCAUGGACAUUACUCUGA